AUGGAGAUCUCAUCAGAUGUCACUGAGAAUGAGAGUUCAAUCAGUGCAGCUCCUAACCAGCAACACAGUACUUUUGAUACGAGCCAGGGGUCAGACAGAGAAGAACAUGCAGAGUUUACAGGGUUGGAAGAGUUCAUCCUUGAUGCAAAGAAGAUGUAUGUACCUAUUGGAGGUGUCCUGACCCAUUUGCUUCAAAAAACAGACAUCUACCGAAAUAUUUCUAAGACGACAACAACUGUUUCAUCGGACAUCACUACUCUCAAGGAUUUUCGGGAUGGCACUGUGUACAGGAAGCACCAGGGUACUCUGGCUCAUGCAUCAUCUGUAUGGACACUCUACAUCUUGCUGUACACAGAUGAGCUAGAAAUUGCAAACCCAAUUGGCCCUAGACGUGGUGUACACAAGCUUCUAGUCGUCUACUUUUGCCUGCUCAACUUGCACCCAAGGUUCAGGUCGCAGCUACAGAACAUGUACGUGGUGAUCAUUGCCAAAUACAAGGACAUUCAGGAGCACGGCCUCCACGAAGUAUUGAAGCCAAUGCUCGAUGAGCUUAACAUCCUCUAUCAUGACGGUGUGCAGUACAGACAAAAUGAUGAACUCUGCACAGCACGUGUCUUUGUGCAGGCAUUUUGUGGGGACAACCUCUCCAUGAACAAGCUUGGGGGCUUUUCUUCAUCAUUUGCGGGUGGAAGAGUCUGUCGCUUUUGCCUAGCCCAAGCAGCCGACCUCAACAGGCUCACCAGAGAGGACCUGUGCGUGGUACGAACAAAUGCUGUCCACAUGGAGCAUCUGACUGCAAUAGCUACGAACCCUGACAACAAGAAAUUGUAUGGUGUGUACAGUAGGUCACCGCUUCUUGACUUAGGGUACUUCGACGUAACACUACAGCUUCCGCCUGACGUAAUGCAUGAUUUAUUCGAAGGCUCUUUUGCUUAUGUCAUGCAUCACGUCUUAAAGGGCCUUGUUGAUGACAGUAUCUUCUCAGUCUGCGACCUCUCCAAAGUUUCUUCCUUUUCCUACGGUUUUCACGAUAACCACAACAGACCCGAUGAACUCAGCAGCACCUUCCUGUCGGACCACCGUUGUCUAAAGGGCACUGCCUCUCAGAGGUGGUGCCUCUUCCGCCUCUUGCCACUCAUAUUCAGCUCAGGCAUACCAGAAGGCAACGAGCACUGGGACGUGUACCUAACUUUCCGUGGCAUAGUAGAUAUGCUGCUUGCGGAGGAAAUGCCUGUCGACUGUGUCCCAUACCUCGAAGUGAGGAUUCAAGAUUUCCUGAAGUGCUUCACCACCCAGUAUCCUUCAGCCAGGAUCAUCCCAAAGAUACACUUUCUCAUCCAUUACCCACGGAUGAUGCUGGCAUUGGGUCCCCUCAGAUAUUACUGGUGCAUGCGCUUUGAGGCUAAACACCAAUAUUUUAAAGCUUUAGCCUCAAGAGUGAAGAACUUUAGGAAUAUCUGUAAGACACUGGCAAACCGGCACCAGCUCAUGCAGUGUUACUAUCUUCAUGCGUCUUCCCAGGACUCUGGCUACAAAACCUCUGUACCAAAGAGCGUGGCAAGCUCUUCCCUGCAACGGUGUGUACAGGAAAUUGCAAGGGAACAGGAAGUAUGGGAAGUGAGAUGUGCUACAUUAAAUGCUGUCACCUACAGGACCGAAGACAUCAUAGUGCAGAAGAAGGGAGACAUUCCGGAUUUCUCGCAAAUUUCUGGUGUCUACAUUAUAGCAGGGAAGAUUUACCUACUUCUGAAUGACCUUAUAGUUCAGGGCUACCGACGACACAAGUGUGUGUACAGGGUGAGCAGAAGUAAUGUUUACAGGAUCGGUUUGCGUGGACAAGAGGCAUCGCAUCAUAUGCUGGACCUGUAUUCUGGCGGUGAGGUGAUGCCAAUGUGGGAACUAAUAUGCAAAGAGUAG